CCAAACAAAAAAACCUAAAAGCAACAAUGGAGUCUCAUCAGUCUGGGACCAGUCCACCCGAAACCCCAAAACGUUCUCCGUUCACCGAAAUAUUCCACAAACUGAAGUCCAAUCUCAUGUUCCGGUCAAAGCUCUCCGAGAUAAACGGUGCAAUGGGCGAUCUCGGCACCUACAUACCGAUCGUCCUCGCCUUAACCCUCGCCAAGAAUCUGGACUUAGGCACAACGCUGAUAUUCACCGGCAUCUACAACGCCGUAACCGGAGCGGUUUACGGCGUACCGAUGCCGGUCCAACCGAUGAAGUCCAUCGCAGCCGUGGCGAUUUCGUCGACCGCGGAGGAGUUCGGUAUACCGGAGAUCAUGGCCGCGGGAAUAUGCACCGGAGGGAUCUUGUUCGUGUUGGGGGUCUCCGGUCUGAUGCAGUUCGUGUUCAAUAUCAUCCCUUUAUCGGUCGUUAGAGGGAUUCAGCUGUCGCAGGGGUUAGCCUUUGCGAUGUCUGCGGUUAAGUAUAUUAGGAAAGAGCAAAACUUUUCGAAGUCGAAAAGUGUUGGCGACAGGCCGUGGUUAGGGCUUGAUGGUUUGGUCUUGGCUUUGGUUUGUGUUCUCUUUAUAGUUCUGGUGAAUGGAGAUGGGGAACAAGAAGAGGAGGAUGAGGAAGAGAGAAAUGGUUCAAGAAGAAAAAGGGUUUCGAUUAUAAGGAAGGUUAUAUCUAAUGUACCGUCUGCUCUGUUGAUUUUUUUGUUGGGUGUUGUGUUGGCUUUUAUAAGGAAACCUAGUAUCGUGCAUGAUAUUAAGUUCGGACCGUCGAAGAUCAAGUUGGUGAGAAUGGACAAGAAAGCAUGGAAAAACGGGUUUUUGAAAGGGACGAUCCCGCAGUUUCCUCUCUCUGUUCUGAACUCUGUUGUGGCGGUCUGUAAGUUUUCCUACGACUUAUUCCCUGAGAAAAAGUUCUCGGCUACGUCGGUUUCGAUGACUGUUGGGUUGAUGAAUAUGGUUGGAUGCUGGUUCGGGGCGAUGCCUACUUGUCAUGGAGCCGGUGGGUUAGCAGGGCAGUACAAGUUCGGUGGGAGGAGUGGUGGGUGUGUGGCGCUGUUGGGAGUAGCUAAGUUGGUUUUGGGACUGGUCUUGGGAAGUUCGUUGGUGGGUAUAAUGGACAAGUUUCCGGUUGGUGUGCUGGGUGCUCUGUUGCUGUUUGCAGGUAUAGAGCUUGCGAUGGCUGCUAGGGAUAUGAACACGAAGGGAGAUGCGUUUGUGAUGCUUGUUUGUACAGCUGUUUCUUUGGGCUCGAAUGCUGCGAUAGGAUUUGUUGUUGGGAUUGUUCUGUAUGUGGUUCUGUGGAUGAGGAACUACGGGAGGGUCAAGCCGGCCAACCUUCCUGUUCAAGUUGAUCAACAUCCUUGAAGGUCUUCGAUCUUUUUAUUCUUCUUCUAUGCUUUCAAAUGUGAUCUGUUUUUAUACCUGAAAAUAAAAAAAAAAUUCAAAACUUCGUUGAACUGAAUUGUGCUACUCCGUGUAAUAACUACACUAGUUUGAUUUUUUUUUAUAUAUAUAUAUUGUAAAUCUGUUUACCAACGUUUGUGAUAAUAGUAAAAAGAAAUGGACCAAAUAGCUCUGGA